CUUCCUUAACAGGAAAACCAGAAGCUUUAAAAGUAAAGAUACCUUUAUUUGACUGUAUAAAUAUUUUAAAAUAGACAAAAAAUUAUCUUUUUUUUUACAUACAUUUCCUUUUUUUUAUAAUUCAUUUCUAAUUUACAAAAGUAUUGCUUCUUCACUGCAGUUUGAGAAGCACCAAUUUGGAUUGUUUGUCUACCUCCUGUAUUUCUGGGAAACUGGAAGACGGACCUGAAAGUUAGAUCAAGUUGGAACAUUUAUGGCUAGGAUAUGUCAUAGAUGGUAUAUACUCCAUACUGCAUUAUAUUAGGAGACAUGUAAUAUUUGUUUGUCCCAUAAUUCGUGAUGCUAUCAUGACCACUGAUUAGCAUGAUGACCCUGCUACUGUCAAGUUCAAAUCAGCCUGUCAGAGGCCAGUAGAAGCCCCUUCAAUCUGGUUUCUGGCAAUGGAUCUCGUUUUCCAAAUACUGAGGGCAUGACCGAUUAUCUUAAGCAUCAGGGUUCUGAUGGAGGAGAGCACGUUCUGUUAAAGUUAAGAGAGGUGGUUGAGCUGUGGUGGAGGGUGUUCUUAGGCCGAUUAGGGCUAAAAGCAUCAGACUGCAUGUGCUAGAGGGGUCCUCUGAUGCACAUUUCUUUGCCAAGCACUUCCCACAAAUAGACCUCCAGCAGCCAGUUUAUGCUGACUGGGGGAAACCAUGCAGCUACGAUUAAAUAUAAAGACUUCAAAUUAAAAUGGGAUUUGAGUUGACCAACUCAACUCAUCCACACUAAAAUAAAACUAGGUAGUCAAUCAAGCCUUCAUGAUGUGCAGUUCUUCCCAGAUUGAUAAGAGGAAAAUAAUGAUCAUCCGAAGUGGGAGAGUACUAGAAGGGAAAACAGAUGAAGAAAAAAGGUUGAGAUUCUUAAAGCAGACAAACCAAAGACUUCACAAUUUUGCCUGGUGGAUCCUCAUUUGGGUAAGGAAAAGCAAUCUGUUCAGAAUUCUUUCUGAAUUCACUGCUGGUAUUUCUUUUCCACUUGGCAUCAUAUGUGAAGCAUUUCUUUUAAAGCAUGUGCCAACUCUUUUCAAGGGAGCUUUGUUCUCAGAUGAUCCAUGAAUUGAGGUAUCACUGCAGAAAUUGGGACAAAAUUCAAUUUAUAUUGUAGAAAUUCGUAGUGUGGUUCAUUUUCCAAUCCCCUUUCUCCUUUCCUUCUGCCUCAAAACUCACCCUUCUUCUCACUGCCAGAGUGAUUUCAGAAGAUUCUGUGACAAGUUCUCAGAGGCCCAUUGUGCAGUAAUAAAGAAUUCCGACAGAGGAGCUACAGGUGCCGCCCUUGCCUGUUUUCCUGAGCGGAAGGCUGCCCUCACCCCUCACGAAUGGUAGAGAAGGACAAGCACUGCCCACGCCUGCAAGCUUGCCAAGCACUAGGAACUCCAGCAAGAAUUCAUCAUGCCAAUCAAACCUGUUGGGUGGAUAUGCGGGCAGGUGUUGAAGAACUUUUCUGGAAAAAUUGAGGGGAUCCAGAAAGCAAUCAUGGACCUUAUAGAUGAGUUUAAAGAUGAAUUCCCUACCAUCGUAAGAUUAUCACAAUCUAAUCAGAAAAGAGAACCCGUGCAAAGAACAUCCAAAAUCAGAAUGGCUGUCGCUUUAGCCAAGAUCAACCGAGGAACAUUGAUUCAAGGGUUAAACAGCAUCUCCACAUCCUCCAAAUCAGUGGCCAAACUUCUACAGCCUCAGCUUGUUUGGAGACUUCUAGAGUUAAGGGACAUAGCUCAUCGUCUGCUGAGGGAAGUGAAUGCACCGACGCAACCCCUCUAUAACAUGCAGGUCAGAAAGGGUUCUUUGUUUGAAAUCAUUUCCUUUCCAGCAAAGACAGCUUUAACUAGCAUAAUAUAUGCUUCAUAUGCAGCACUAAUUUAUUUGACAAUCUGUGUUAAUGCUAUGCUGGAGAAGGUAAAGAAAAUUUUCCAAGAAGAAGAAUCCAUAAGGCAAAACAGAGAUGGGAGUGAAAAUCUUAGAAAAGCCUUUUCUGAGCCUGUUCUUUCCGAGCCUCAGUUUCCUGAAGAAGAAAUCAAAGCAAAACCUUACAGGUCAUUACCGGAGAAGCCAGACAGUAUUUCAGAUCGCCCCAAACUUCCUGCUAAUAAGUUAAGUAAUAAGAUUCAAGUUUUACAUUCUGUGUUUGACCAAUCAACUGAAAUGAAUGAAUGAGCAAAUCUGAACAUACACAUCACUGAAUGGAGCUUAAGAGUUAUCUAUUUAGUGACAUUUCAUCUGAUGAAACUAGGCAACUAGUUUUCAUAUACUGAUUGCUCUGCUUUGAAAAAAAGGGGGGUGAGGAACUACUAAUAAAGUGUCAUUCUCAAGCAUUUAUAUGGUAGACAAAAUAAAAUGAAUCCUGAUGUAGUAUA